CAUUUAGUCAGAUGAAUUGAGCUUAUCAGAAUGUUUCAAGUCCAUUGCAAACCUAUUCAAAUUCAACUACACAUACGUACAUGCAUUAUAAAGAAUUUAUUCAGUUGCGGCAAUAAUUGUGACAGCACAGUUGGAGAUAUCAAGUUAAAAAUGGAAGAGGUUUUAGUGCAGAGUCAAGUCGCAGCUGGCAAUAAAGCACGAGAAGUAGUUUUGAAUAUCAAAGCCCUUAUGCGAACUUCUGAAAAGUGUUCUGGAAGAGAAAAAAUGAAAAAGACUUUAUCUCGGAAGGGAUCAUGCCGAACAGAAAGGGUUUUCAGUGAUGAGCCGGAUUCAGAGGCAUGUUCCCAGAUGGAUCAGCUGAGGCAGCCUUUGGUGCCUGCAAAAGCUCAUGUAGCAGCACCGACUUCCGUCAGCAUCCCUACCAUUACAGAUAUCGGCGACAGGAGGAAUAUUAGGAGAUUGAAUUUCUUGACAGCCAUCCAUCCGAAGAAAAUCCUAAUUUCUUUGCGUCUAUGUCUAGCAUGGGUACAAUGAUCCUCAUAUAUUUCACGCUCGCUAUCAAUCAAACUAACCAAGCACAACUACUCUAUGAUGGUAGUUAAUUAGAUUGUAAUGGAUCUAUUAUUCUCGAUGAUUUGGAGGGAACUACGGAACAAGAGAUCAGGUGUUUGAAUUCCAAUGGAUGCAUUUGUGUUGCUUACCCAGUGCGAGAUUGUCAUCAACAGAUGAAUUCGAAGCUUUACAACUAUCACUGUGACUCCGAGAAACUUGAUUCAUUUUGCUUCAUAACAUUUCGCUCUUCAUAGAAAUGAACUUGACUUGUUUGUCGUGAUUUUGAAUUGAUUUCCCUUCAUUUGUUCUGUUAUAGUCACAUUCCUCGUGCAAUAUAUUGUUUGGGAAAUUUCUAUGUUCUUUGCAA